AUGAGAGUGAUCAGCCCGUCUGUCCCCCACCACUUUCAUUUGCUUUCGUCAUACCUUCUCCUGAUAGCUCCUUCCUUCUACCCCCAUAACUCACCCUCGAAGUCUGCUUCCUCUUCUUUUUCCUCCUCCCCCCCUCCAAGUCCUCUUCAGCCCUAUGCGCCUCUAGCUUCAAUACGGUCGUUACGCUCAGCUGCUGCAACUUUGAAGCGAAGACGUGGUAAUAGCGCUACCACUCCAGUAACAACACUAUCAACAAACCCUCGACGAUCCGGAUCCGCCUGUCGGAACUUGACGAAAAGGUCGUCCUCCAAACCCUUCGUCAGUAGGCGUAGCAGUAGUCCGCUUGCUAUUGUCUCCGUCGACAAAAAGCAGCCGUUCCGUUUACAUACGUGCAGUCGGCAUCACUCGUAUUCCACCUUAUCCAGCGUCACUGGCCUAACUCAGGAACUCAUUCGAAUAACAGCAUACCGACAUUCAUCGGCUACAAGUGCUAGAGCCAUGUCUAUGGGAAUGGAUCCACCCACAGGAGACCACCUCGUGGUCCUUGUUCAUGGUCUCUGGGGAAAUCCAACCCAUAUGGAAUACCUCGCCGAAUCCCUAAAGUCCCGCUACGACGACUCACAACUUAUCGUUCACGUCGCGGCUAGGAACAGCGGUAAUUAUACCUACGAUGGCAUAGAACUUGGUGGCGAACGACUAGCAGCAGAAAUCGAGGAGUUAUUGGAGGAUUUUGCGGAAAAAGGGGUUAUCAUCCGAAAAUUCAGCAUCGUGGGGUACUCCCUUGGCGGCCUUGUAUCCCGAUACGUUGUGGGUGUCCUGUACGCCAAGGGAAUUUUCAACAAGAUUACACCUGUGAACUUCACGACAUUUGCUUCUCCGCACUUGGGUGUUCGAACUCCGAAGCUCGGUUGGCACCAUCACAUCUGGAACGUCGUAGGCGCACGUACACUCUCCGCCUCGGGACGACAGCUUUUCACAAUUGAUAGUUUCCGUAACACUACCCGCCCGUUGCUCUCAAUCCUCGCCGAUAAGGAUUUGGCAUUUUGGAAGGGCCUGGCUUCGUUCAAGAACAAAGCUCUCUACGCCAAUAUUAUAAAUGACCGAUCUGUCACCUUCUUUACAUCCGGUAUUUCCAAAUUCGACCCUUAUGCCGACUUGGAUAUGGUAGAAUACAAGUAUCUCCCAGGAUACGGCAAUGUCUUAAUAGAUGACGAAGCCGGCGUAAAUUUUAAACAGGCUGCUGGGUCGGACGACGAGGAUCAUGUGGAGCCUGCUGCCAGUGCAAGCAUGAUUCAGAAGAAAAGAAGUUGGGGAACCAGCAUAGUCGGCUCAAUUCGAGAUUUCAUACGAGAUCUGCCAUUCGUAGCGUUAUAUACUGUGCUAGUCCCCGUGGGGUUCUGCCUAUUCCUAAUGAAUGCCGGUAUCCAAACAUACACUUCAAGCAAACGGAUCCGGCUACACUCCCAGAGCCUCAAAUACAACAUCCCGCUAGCCGUAGCCGAAGAAGUCCAAGAAGCUAUGGAUGUAAUGGUCGAAGGUCUAAACCACGCCCAGAAAGCUGACCAUCUACCACCCCGCCUCGACGAUGAAGAAUCACUUAGCCCUCGUCAACAGCCUUCAAUCUCCAAAGCAUCGCCACCUUCCACACUUAGAAGUGACGCGUCAACCAGCGAAGACAAUGAAAAUAUCACCGAGGGAAAACUCCGUCUAGAACCUACUCUCAGCAUGCCCGAAUUCCCCACGCUAGCACUAGCACAGCAUCAAUUCGAAAUGAUCGAUUCGCUCGAUGCGUUGGGGUUCAAAAAGUUCCCGGUCCAUAUUCAGAAGGUGAAGCAUAGCCACGCUGCGAUCAUAGUCAGGAAUCCAAAGAAUGAAGGGUUUAGUGAAGGAAAGAUGGUGGUGAAACACUGGCUAGAUCGACAAUUCGAGGUUUGA